GAAUGGCGGCGAAGGCUUUAGACUACUUCAGCAGCGCCGAAACCCUGAUGAUGAUCGGAGCAGUAUGGAGGCGGCAGCUUCGCACCAAGUCGAACCUCCUCAAAUCCCUGUACAGCUUCCACUACGUGCUGUUUCCAGUGUACUGCGGCUCCAUGGCUCUAUCUCUAGCUGCCGAAAUACCUAAUCUCGUAAAGAACGAUCCUACGGCCGCUAUGGAGACUCUGGCGAGGACGAUAGCCACUUGCGUAGUAGUUGGAAAGAUUCUGAUGUGCAGGACUACCAGAUCAGAAGAACUAUACGCCACGGCGUUGAAGCAGCGGAAGGUGAUAUCGGAGUCUCCGGAUCCGGAUGUUAGGAGGAUCUAUCUUUCUCAGGAUCGGUUCUGGCGAAAGAUCAUGUGGAUGCUGGUCGGGCCGGUUAUUUUCGGUUGGGUCCAGCUGUGCGAGUUGGGUAUCGAACAGAGCUACAGGUUUCACAUAGCCCACCCCCAACCGAACGACAGCGCCGUAGGACUACCAGACAAACCAUUGCUGUGCCAUUUCUGGUACCCCUUCGACAAAAACAAGUACCAUUUAUGGGUGAUAACCGAACAGUGUUUCCGUGUUCUCGCGAUAAGCGUCGGUUUAUGUUCGGCCGGCGUGUUCAUCAACUCGCUAAUGGUAUUCAUGAAAGUGCAACUCAAGAUUCUGCAGCAUUUGUUUAGACACUUCGACCGGUAUUCCGAUGUCAAAUCGGGACGGUACGGGGACGGCAAAAUAUCUUCGUUGAGGUCGCUUUGCAUCAAACACCAGCAACUUAUUGCUCACGUGGAAGAAUUCAAAGACGCGGUGAAAAAUAUAAUUCUACUAGAAUACACGUCCUCUUCGAUAAUGCUUGCAGGAGCCAUCUUCCAAAUCGUUUCGGGAGAUAAAAUUCUUUUCACGAUGAUGUUUAUCGUCUUCAUGUAUAUCCAGCUUAUGAUUUUCGCAUGGAACGCGGACGAGAUAGUAUCGGAGAGUCUGGGGCUCGGGGAUGCCCUUUACGAAAGCAAAUGGUACGAGCAAUCGAAAUCGACCAAGGUGUUAGUCCUGAUUAUGAUGAUGCGAUGUCAAAAACCAUUAGUAUUGACUAUCGGUCGGUUUUGGCCUAUGACUCUUGAAGCCGCCAUUUCUAGACUGAAAAUCGGAUAUUCCUACGCAUCAGUUAUGACGAACCAUUAAAUAUUCACCUUUGUAUUUCUUACACAUGGAUACCAAAAAUUAAGAUAAUGACAUUGAUAAGCA